CCGGAAUUGGAACACCUUUCAAAGGGAAGUACACAAGAGUGUACAUGUAAAAAAGGCUGUAUGCAGGGUUAUUGCUAAAAUACUGUGAAACAAAUUAAAAAUAUAGAAAAUAAGAGACUCGGGCCUCAUGAAUUAUGCCCCGCUAUUGUGCUGCAAAACUCUGUAAAAAUCGAGGAGGCUUGCCUUCGAAAGACAAUAAGAAAAUUAGUUUCUAUCCGUUCCCACUGCAAGACCAAGUACGACUUCAGCAAUGGGUAAUUAACAUGAAACGCGAAAACUGGACACCGAGUAGACAUCAAUACCUGUGCAGCGAUCACUUCACGGAGGACUCUUUUGAUAUGCGUUGGGGAAUACGGUAUUUGAAGCACAGCGCUGUACCUACAAUUUUCCCUUUAUCAUGUGAUCAACACGAAGAACAAUCUAUGCAGGAUGAGUGGAAUAGACGUCAUGUUAAAAAGAAAGCAAGACCUAAAGAGAAGAUGUCUGAUAUCAAAGAUACUAAUAAGUCUGUCAGGCCUUCCUCACCUUCUAAGAAGAAAGCGCUCAUUUUGAAAAAUGAAAUUCCCAAAGAAAAAGAAGAUAGAUGUUACACUGAAUGUCCUAGAGAGGAAAACAUAGUAAAAAAUGACAAAAAUGAGACUGAAGGUGACGUAUGCCAGAUCAAGACUGUUUUUCUCAUAGAAGCUCUUGAACCGGAAGGAACGUCAUCUUGUGAGGUUUUUGAAAUCAAUACUUCAUUUGCAGAAACCAAAUACAAUACCCAACUGACAAAUGAUGAGUCUGAAGGAGUGAGGACAUUGGUAACUCCUACAUCCCUUUCUGGCAGUGGGUCCAGUGAUACACAGCGCUGUCCUGAAUCAGAUUCCCCUGUGACUGUGGAUUAUGCAGAAAUCCCAGGUGCUUGUAGUUCAGAUGAAACAUCACAUGAAAGACUGAAAACAGCUCUCAAAGAGACAAUUAACAUGCUUCCUCUCAGUCUGCAUAGGAAAUAUAGCAGAGAUUCUGCAGAGGAAUCUGAAAGGGAGAUCUGCAGUGCAGAUCACAUUUUACUUUAUGAGCAUUCAUACUCAAAGCAAGACAUUGACAAAGACCACCUAUGGACCAAGAUCGCCAGUCUUCACACAAAGAUAACACAGCUGGAAAAAAAAGAGGAGAAAACUGUAGCUAAAAUAAACUCUCUGGAAAAUGUAAUAGCUCAGUUGAAGAAGGAGAACAUUGUUUGUGAAGAAAAGAGGAGAGUCCUAGAGAACUACUUCACAUCUCUUGAAUUUGCAAUGGUUCAGUGAUUAUAUCCUUCACUGUGAAGCGAACAGACUCCAGCCCAUAACAGUCAAUGGUGCAAAAUCGGUUUGUAUUUUGUGUAUAGAUUUUGCCUGUACUUUGGCCAUUAAAAACUGCAUAUGCUGUUGUGUAAGAUAAUAUACAAAUCAACAUUAAAAUAUAAACAAGUGAAGGUUAUGCAGUCUUGUGGUUAUGUUUGUAUUUGAAAAAUGUACCCCCCUAUUAAAACAAAUUAGGCAUAGUAGGUUAACUGCAUAAUUUUUACUUGGAACAGUUUAACAAAUUAGUGACUAUUAUUAUGAUAACAUCUAUUGUAGUGCAUAUAUACUGUAAUUUAACUUGGAGCUUGAGAAUCAUGUAAUCAGGUAAUAUAUGAGGCUCAUAUUACACAUGAGCCUUAUUUCAAACUUUUUUUUUACUUUUCAGUGUGGAAUCAAUCUCUGAUUCUUCCAUAAUACACAUAGCAUAUUUGCUUUUUAUAUAAUGUUGUACAUGCAUGGUAAACAAACACUGAAACACAAGAGUAUUUGUUUUACAUUUGUUGUUAACUCUCAGGCCUCUUAUUCUGUAAAUGGUGACAUUCUGUAUGAGAUUAAACUAAUGGUGCAGCAUUAAAUGGAAGUUAAAUUUACAUUCCACUCUGAAUAUAUGUGUAUUUUAAAUAUAAUGUGCACAAGUUUACACUAAUUAAUUUAAUCUGUGAAUUUGUUAACAUGAAAUUCACAACAGACUUAAUCAUAAAUGAAGUGAAGGAAGGUUUACAGGUACUUAAUGAUCCAUGAAAAUCAAAAUUUAGUAUGUAUGUCUAAGAAUGUACUACACCUUUAUAAGAAAUGUGAUGUCAAAUUAUAUUAUUAAGAUCUCACAUGCUUCAAAAUUCAGGAUGUUAAAAUUCUUUGAGGGUCUUGAACGUUACAGCAAACCUUUUGAAUGUAGAAGUUGUUAGCAAGGCUUAAAAUGACGCCACAGAUACAAAUUCAGACUUCAUCUUAACUUGUACACUUAAUUAAAGAAUACAGUAUGUUGUUUAUUUUUUGUGACAUUUGGUGCUUCUUAAGAUUCCUGUAAAUAAAGUUUCUUUUUUACUUUG